AUGAGAAGGUGGUUUAGCUUAUUUUUUCUAUUAUUUAUUUUUUUAAAAAAAGCCCAUUUUUCAUCAAUUCAAGGAUGUUUAUCUACUAGUGAAUUUGUCCUUAUAAAUGAAGGAAAUUCAAAAACUGUUACUGAAAAUUUUUGUUUUUGUAAUCGUAAUGAAAGAGAAUUAUAUGAUAUUAUUUGCCUUUUUGGGUCUAAUUCUAAUAAUCUCAAACAAACAAUUGAAGCCAUCAAUUCAUCAAAUAACACAGUUGAAACUAUAUCUAUAAGAAAUGCUAACGUUUCUGAUUUUAUUUUAUCAGAUGGAAUGUUAUCAAAAUUGGCACCUCAAUUAGUUGAAUUUGAAAUGUCAAAUUGUCGUGGACAGACAAAUCUUAAUGAUGCAUUUAAUGACCUUCAAGUUUUAGAUUCAAUAUUUAUAGAAAAUUGUAAUUUAGAAAAAAUUCCUACAUCAAUUUCAAAGUUAAGUGGCUUAAAAUCACUUUCAUUAUCUGAUAAUAAAAUAUCAAAUAUUUCAAAAGAAGAUUUUUCUAACAAUUAUAUGUCAUUGGAAUAUCUUAACUUAGCAGGAAAUUUUAUUAGUGAAAUGGAUAAAGAUUCACUAAGUAGUUUAAUACGAUUAGAAACAUUAAAAAUUGGUCAUCACAAUCAUGCAAGUAAAAGUUUAAUGGAUGAAAUUUCAAAGAUGGAAAAUUUGAAAGCAAUUGAUUUUGCCGCUAUAGAUGGCCUGUCAACAAUUAAUGAUAAAUUUUUUAAAAAAUUAACAAAUUUAGAGGAAUUAAGUUUAGCUGGUUGUAGUUUAAAUUCUAUAAAUAAAACAACAUUUCAAAAUUUACCUAAUUUAAGAAUAUUAGAUUUAAGAGUUAAUUUAAUAGAAAAUGUUUCAACUGGUGCAUUUGAGGAAUUAAAAAAUUUAACACACUUGUCAUUGGCAGGAAAUUAUUUAAAAAGCUUUAAAUCUGAUAUGUGGAGUGGUUUAGAAAAGUUAAAAGUUUUGGAUUUAUCUUUUAAUGAAUUAAAAAUGUUAAACAAAUCAAGUUUUGAAAAAUUAGGUAAAAGUUUAAAAGAAUUAAAUUUGGCAGAAAACAAAUUAUUAAAUAAAAUAGAUUCAGAUUCUUUAAAUGGGUUAAUAAUGUUACAGAAAUUUAAUGCUUCAUCAACAUCUAUUAAAAAUAUAGAUAGUAAAAUUUUUGCAGAAUUAGCAUCUUUAGAAAGCGUUGAUCUAUCUAAUUGUAAAAUUGAAACAAUAGAUAAAGAAGCAUUUUCUCAACAAGAUUUUUCUCUGAAAAAGUUAUACUUAAAUAGAAAUAAAAUAACUAAACUUGACUCUUCAAUAAUUGAAAAAAUGGAAGCACUUACUGAUAUUGAUUUAUCAAAUAAUCCAUGGUUAUGUGAUAAAGAAAUAAGAAAUUUAAAAAAAGCUAUUGAAAAAAAAUAUGAAACAGCUAUAAAAUUCAAAGUAGAAUUUUUCCUUAAACAAUCAAACAAUACAUUAUGUAAUAGACCAUAUAAAUUAGAAAAUAAAAAAAUAAUGGAAUUAGAGGUUGACAAACUUGAAGAUUAUGAUUCUUCAAAAGAUUUUACAACAUUACCUCCAGAAACAACUACACAAAAUAUUGAUAAAAUAACAACAGAACCAUUUAAAAUUGAAGAUAUAACUAUUGUUACUGGAAAUAGUAGUGAUGAAUUAACUAGACCAAUAACAAAAGAUGAUGAUGAUAAACCAAUAUAUAAUAUAAAUUCAAUAAUAAAGGACAAUCAAAAUACAAAUUCAGGUGUUAUACCAUGGCAAGGUUUACUUAUUGUAAUAUUUGCAGUUGCUACUGUUGCUAUAUUAGGUAUUAUUGUAGUAAAAAAAGUACGAAAUGAUUUAAAAAAUCAAAAGAUACAUCCAGCAGUAUCACCUAAUACAACUACAAAAACACAACAUCAUCCUGUUAAUUUAAGAGAAAUUGAUGAUAGUAAUGAUAGAAGAAGAGAUUCCACAAUUCAAAUAGAUUAA